UGACGGGAGGGGCCGCGUGUCCGCUGCUAGGCAACGCGUGCGUGGAACAGAAGCAUGCUGGAGGAGGGGGUAGAAAAGAACGGUUGUCAAGGCAAGGAGGGGGCUUCGAAGUCUGGCUGGAGUCGAGAGGGGAGGAGGGUCGAGAGAGAGCGGAGGGAAGAGGGAGCGAACCCGGGCGCCAGGGGGAAGGAGGAAGGAGGAGGCAGGAGAAGAGGUCCGAGGAGAGGCGGAAAGGCGGUGACGGAGGCGGAGCGGAGGCAGGGGCGGAGACAUUCCGCCCGCCCCACAUCCUGCCCUAGGGAGCCAUGGAGUUUUAUCUGAGCGCCUGCUCCAAGGCUGCAGAUGCCGCCGCCACCAAGACUGCCGCCAGCCACUUGGUGGCGGACGGCGGCCGGUGCGGCGAGAGCCCCCACAAAAUGCAGUUUCCAGGAGUAGGGGCCGCUCAGCUGCUGGAUUUACCUCUUGGCGUCAAGCUGCCUCUGAUCCCAGGCAGUAAUACUUUAUUCUACACCACAAAUUUAAGUGAAAAGCUUUUUCAGCCCUCUUAUGGUUUUAACCUAACUGAUCCUUAUGGUCAACUACUGGAAACCAGAUACAAAAGCCUGCAUGAUCCUCAUUUAAGUGCCUACUACAAGCGCAAAGAUAUCUUGAAGCAAUUAAAGAAAGGAGGUUACAUCACCACCAAUAACAAAAUUGUAUGCACUUUGAGAGAGUUUAACAAAUACCGGCAGUAUCUAACAAGCCUCAAAUUAGACUUUGAAAGAAACUAUAUGAGAGAACAAAAAAUGCUUGAAAAGCAAGUCACCAAACUUCAGGAACACAAUCAAAUCCCAGACAGCAGAGAUGCUGCACAAUUCAGAGAAUGGCUGUUACAAGAAGGCACACAGUCUAUUGAGGACCAAGAGCGCUUAAUAAGGCACAGAUAUUUAGAUACGAUCAGCAGGGAGCUGGAGAAUCUUGAGCGGUCCACUGAAGAGCGGCACCUCAUCCGGAUGAAUGAGGAAGAGAAAAGACAGAGGGAGCACACGAGGAGAAAACUUAGUCUUCGGAGGAAAAUGGAAGAAGAAUGGAAAACAAAGGAGAUGUUACUUUUGACCAGAAUUGGAGAAGAAGUUAAAAGAGAAGCUCAAGUCGAGGAACAGCGAAGAAAAAAUCGAGAGGAGAGUGACAGGAAGAAACAAGCACUUCUUGAGAAAAAAAUGGCCUAUCACUUGAGGAAAAUGAAAGGGAAUGGCUUAAGAAGAGAAGAAAUGGAUAAAACAUCAUUGGAAUAUAAAGAAGAUGGGACAUACUUUGAAGGCGAUGAGAUUAGAAGACAAGUUAUUUCACCAAAGAAGAAAAAGAAAAAGAAUGAAGACCCCAAAGUGCCUGAACAGAAAACAUCUCGAGGAUUUAAAAUUCAAAAUUCAUCCAUUAAGAAUAUCAUCAAACCUUCAUCAUCUUUAACAGGAGCUCCUCCAAAGGAAGACAUAUAUAAUUAUAUUACAUUUGUCCCAGAACUAAACAGACCAUCUAAGAGAGAGCACCCCACAACCCUGUACGACAGACUGACCAACAAGAGGCCAAGCUGUCCCUUUGAGAUAGGGCAACCAUCCCAAGGAGCCUUCCUUUCUCAAGUUCUCUCAAAUACACAACACCACAUCCUGCAAAACGGCCUACAAGAAAAAGUAAGUAUGAAAGGACGUGUGGAGAAAACAAGGUGGCAAUUCCAUUUUCUAUUGGGUUAUACAGCAGAUCACCUCAUCCACGACAGUCAUGUAGUUUCCCUGCUGUCCAGAUAUCACUCUAGUCUCUCUCCCUCUGUUCAGAGCAACCGUUGCUGCUGGAGAGAGACAAGAGGCUUGUUUGCAAAGGACCAAUAUCAUGUCUAGGAAAGAGACAUGCCACUUCCUAAGAGAAACCAUGGGGACUCUAGGAAGGUUUAAGGGUCCUGACAGCUACCAGAUGUCCAAAGUCCACCCUGACCUCAUGCCAGGAAGCUAACGAUGUCUUUGCAGACUGUAACAGCUUCUUGGUAGUGGAUGCUCAGCCUCUCUCCUGGGGAAUUCCCUGACAGAUUGGCCAGGAUGCCCAGGUCUGCUCUGCUCUCAAGAUUGUCCAGACAAGGCAACAUCUAAUAGUGGAAAGAGAAUGUCAGACUUGGAGCCCAUCUCCACCAUGUCUGUGCCAUGUGACUAC